CUUAGUCACUCAUUCUUUCUCUAUCGCAAUGAAGCUACUGACAGGUCUUGCCUUUAUCGCGUCCGCUGUCUAUGCUGUUGCGGAUGUUCAGUAUAGUGUAGUUGCAUUUCCCGCCGGAGGUCAAUCCGUCUCUGUCUCUGUCGGUGGACAACAGUAUCCUUUGGCAAACUCUGCCCAGUACCCUAACAUCUAUACUGGGUCAGCACCAUCCGGAUCUACCUACCAAUAUGUUUUGACUGGUACUAAUGGAGCUGCCGAGUCUACUACUCGUAACUUGGCAUCAGGCACCAGCAAGACCGGCAAUGAAUUCUUUAACCGCACCCAAACUGUUUAUUCAGUUCCUGGCCUUCCUCAAGCUUUCAACCCCAUCUACAACCGCUUGGAGACCACUUUUAAUCAAUCCACCGAAGUCAGCACCAUCAUUAUGUGGGCUAACCAAUCUACUUUGGAUGCCAUGUUGGCUGCCCCUACCACCACCACUAUCAAGCAGGUUGAGACUUACAACUUGACUUACAUCUCAAGCACAGAAACACAUUUCUUUGAAGGUGUUGGAUUCCAAGUUAGCGGCAAGUCUACCAAAGACUUUGCAAAGCAAUCAUACAAAUUCUCAUUCAAUGAAUACCAGAACAAAACCACUGACACCCUCUGGGGACGUAAAGAUUUUAAGCUCAGAGCUGACGAAACAGAUCCUACCUUAAUGCGUGAAAAGCUUAUGUUGGACUCUCUUCUUGCUUCUGGAGCCGCCUCUCUCUCUGGUCAAUGGGCUCGUCUCUACAUCAACAAUGUUCCAUUUGGUCUUUAUUUGAUGAUGGACGAUGGCUCCUCCCAUUUUUUUGAAGCCGAGCUCUUCGACGGCAAUGAUAAAGCUCCUUUGGGUGUAACCUACCAAGGAAACGCUAUUGGUGAUACUGUUCAAGGCAAUUUAGUCUACCUCGGAAAUGAUUCCACUAAAUACUCUGCCGAUGCUUACACCGUUGCUGAUGAUGGCAAUGUCAAGGCUGAGCUUAAGGCUGCUCCUCUUGCACCCCUCAUGGACUUUUGUCAGAAACUCGGUGAAUUCGAUCCUUCCACUGCCACUGAUGCUCAGCACCCUGGUAACAUCACUGAAUUGAUAGACCCCCAGCACACCUUGAUUCACAUGGCCCUCAACUUCCUUGGUGGAUCAUGGGACGGUCUAUGGUACGCUGCUAGUAACUAUUACUUGACCCAAAACUCCGCCUCUCAGAACUGGACCAUCAUCACUUAUGAUUUUGAUGAAACUUUCGGUAAUGGUGCUACUGCCAAUUUGGUCAACGUCUCUUACCAGAACUACGUUCCUACCAACGAAGUCCGUCCUCUCGCCACCAAGUUCUUGGAUUCACCCUACUAUAAGACUAUGUUUGAAACUACUCUCAAGACUAUUCUCAAGAGAUUCUUCAAGCCAUCCAUCAUCAAUCCUCGUCUCGAAGCUCAAAUGAAGAUGUUGCAAGAAGACAUUGCCUGGGACCGCUCUCUUACCAAGAAGUCUCCUGGUACGGAUAAUCACUGGACCGUCGACCAAUUCCUUACCAAUGUUAAGACUACCUCUGGAGGUAUGAUGGGCCUUGAAGAAUGGGUUACCCAGCGCUCGGCUGCCACUUGCCAGCAGCUCAAUAUUACUGACACCGAUGACCUUCCUCCCCUGCCUGCGCCGACCUGGAGCAACACCAACAUUGUCACUAACACCACCUCAAGCACGAACGGAACUGCCGCUGCUCCCUCUGGUCAAGCUUCUGGAGCUCAGACCACCGCUGUACCUGCUUUGAUGACAAUCGUUGCUGCCAUCACUGCAUUUGCCUUAUUGUAAUACUAGCUGUAAACCAAAACAGAUGUCCUCCCCUUUACUUCCACGUUGGUCGUUUAUUUCACAUUGAGCUUUAAUACCAGUGUUACAUGAACUGCUUUUACGCUAUAAACGUAUUAUUUGUACUCCAUAAAACUUUUUAUUAAGGUCUUAUAAGAUAGACCUUUUCUUUUCGCAAUAGCAUGUAAUGUCUG